ACGGCCGCAUGGCAACAGGAUCAGAGCCUGGGGGUUGUCUGCUUGUAGGUCUGCUCCCAUUUUAAAUCGCAUUUCCUCACUAGAUGGUGUGCAAGUCACUGGAGAGAAGACUUCCUCGCGUAGUGAAGCCUCCAUCCAACCAAACAAACCUGGGAAACUAUACGACGGAACACUUUCUGAGCGGACUCCGAGGUGGAAAAGUGUGGGAAUAAAUAAAGCUCGAUUCUCCGGUAGAUUUUUGUCAGGCUAACGCUCGCUUUUGGCAUCCAGAAGACUUGGGGAGAAGCGACAGCAGAAUCCAGCUGUGAUGGACAUAAUGAUUGCGGUGCAGGAUGCCUGUGUGUCUGGUCAGUGGCUUACCGCGUUCAUUCUUAGCCUGUGCUGCUUUCUGCCGUCCUGUUUGCCCGCCGGACAAACUGUGGACUAUUCGUCGGUUGAAAGUGUGGUCAGCAGACAAGGCGACACGGCUCUUUUGAGGUGCUAUCUGUUGGAUGGGAUCUCUAAAGGAGCCUGGCUGAACCGCUCCAGCAUCAUAUUCGCCGGGAGCGACAAGUGGUCCGUGGACCCCCGCGUGUCCAUAGUGUCCAGCGUGCGAGACAAACACGAGUACAGCCUUCAAAUACAGAAAGUGGAUGUAUUCGACGACGGACUGUACACAUGCUCCAUUCAGAGUGAGCGUAACCCGCGGCCAAAGCUCCUCAACCUCAUUGUAAAAGUUCCUCCCAAGAUAUAUGACAUUUCGUCUGACAUCACAGUUAACGAGGGCAGCAACGUGUCUCUCAUCUGCACAGCCAGCGGGAAGCCUCAGCCAACCAUUUCCUGGAGACACAUAACCCCGUCAGGGAAGAAAUAUGAGAGCGGAGAAUAUCUCAACAUCACUGGCAUCACACGAGACCAGGGUGGGAACUACGAAUGCAGCGCUUUAAAUGACAUCGCCUCUCCGGAUACCAAAACAGUCAAAGUCACAGUCAACUUUGCCCCAUCAAUCCAUGAAAUGAAAAGCCACGGCAUCGGUUUGGGGCGCACAGCUCUGAUGCGGUGCGAGGCUGCUGCCGUACCGUCUCCAACGUUUGAAUGGUACAAGGGAGAAAAAAGGAUUACCAAGGGACAGGGGAUUGACAUCAAGAGCCUCACCUCCAGAUCAGUCCUCACCGUGACCAACGUGACAGAAGAUCGUUACGGGAACUACACAUGUGUCGCCACCAACAUGCUAGGAAAGGCCAAUGCCAGUGUGCCUCUUAUUCCGCCCAACACUGCACCCUAUGGGAGCACAGGAAGUGCGCACAUCCCGCAGGCCUGCCGGUACCUGGUCCUGGCCCUCUCCUCCUUCAUCAGCGUGUACUAGCGGAGGCCAGCCCAGACACAAUGACUGUCAACAGCAUUUAUGAAUCCUUUUUGACAUUGCUGAUGGCUGGAUCUGGUACAGUUUGUUGUAAAAGCGGAGAUGGGAAAAAUAAUCAGCUUCACUUUAUGUGGGAUAUUUUUUUUUCUUUUUUCUGAAAUCUCUGUCAUGUAAAUACUACGAUGUGUUAUUUUAUUUUUUUAAUUAUUUUUAUUUCCUUUUUCAUUUUCUUCACUUCUGGUUGACUGACCGCCUCGUGAAUCAGUGCUUACCGUUUCAUAUCAAAAGGCCCCCGAGUCUUCAAACGAGUUACUUUUCCCUAUCCGGCCAAUCGUGAGAAAAUACCAUUCAUUUUUGUACAUGGCUUAAAAAAAAAAAAAAAAAGACAAACACAACAAUUGUGCCAAUUCUCCCAAAUUAUCAUGACAAUGUUGUACUGUAUGCAUUAUGGGAUGUUGAACAAAGAAAGACAUUUAGAUUCCUAACAAUAUACAUUUUGAUUAAGGGGUGUGCUUAAAAUAUCUAUAAAAUAACAAAAAAACAAUAAAAAAAUAAAACUAAAAAAUAGGCAGGGCAUUUUCAGGACCUGUGUUGUCAUGACUACUCAGUAGGUGGAUGAACAGUGUUGAAGGUGUGCUUUGUUGUAUUCUGAAAUGGCUCCUUCAUUUAUUCAACCUGCCGAACAGCUUUGAUCAAGCAGCCAUCAAAGUAGCAGAAUAAAGUGUAUUGUAACUUUAUAUUUUAUAUAGUGUAGGCCUUUGUUGGAAAGUGGGACCAGCUUUUUUUCUCAUUCAAAGGACACAAACAGAAGGCAUCACCUUGUACAGGAAGAGCGUUGCUCUCUUGCGUUUACAUUUUCUCCUAAAAAAAAGGAAAAAGACCAUCAGUCACGCUUCUUUCUGAGGACACAAAGUGAAUGUCACUAUAAGUUUUGUAAAAUAAAAAAAAUAAAAAAUGGAGCCCAAAUUUAGUAUUUAUCACUUCGUUUAUUUCUCCAAAUUUUGCUUACCGAUUACCAAAACGUGAUCUUUAGAAAACUUCUCUUGAGUUCCUUUAGUAUUAAUUGACACACAGAGAGAAAGCUCAUUUCCACAAAAACAUGAGUUAAACACACAAAAUCGGUUUCACUGAAGUACUCAUGAAGUCCCGAAGAGUUUUGUAGUCUUCACACGAACCUGUCAGGGCGACAUUCAUCCUCCAGUAUCCUCAGACUGCGGUUGAAACAGAGGUACUGCACUGUAAUGCCUUAAUAGUACCAUAAAUAUGGAUUUCCCUUCUUUCAAAGCGACACUUCUCCGCAGCGGCUCAUCCGUCCGACACACACAGCUGAUAAGUGAAUGUUCAUAAACCAUAAGCUGACUCGUCUUUGGAAUGAGGCAUUCAAUCAACAAGCUGAAGGCUCCUGCAGGUAUUUUCAAACACGUCGGAUCAUUUUGAUGCUUCAAGUAUCUGUGGCGCCGGUUAACACGUCCGCCGGUUGUGUUUGAGUUAAGACUGUGUUCUAAUUUACCCCACGAGGGAACGGGCUCAAGUUUCUGAAGGCUUUUCACCCAUGAACUUGUGUCUGCGAAUCCGUCGAACGAUAGCCAACACAGCUGAAAGACUUAAAGCACAAACACUGUCAUUCGACUCGUGGUUGUUUGUUUUUGAACCUUUUCUUUUCUUCUUAUUUCUGAAGUCGUUCUGGGCUUGUUUUACAAAAAUUAUAAAAAUACUGCACCAGAUGAUCUUGUUUAAAUGUUAAGAUAUAUUGCAAAUGGGUUUAUUUAUUCUCCUCCUUUAUGAAAACAAUGCAUUUGAAAUAUGUAAAAGUGUAUUUGAAAAAGGCACAGUAUGGCAUAGUUUAUAAUAAUGUUGUUGGGUUCUUUUAGAUUCCAUACCUGUUGUUGAUUAAGGUACGCUCGAAGGAACAAUGUUUGCAAUCAGAUGACCUACUUUUCUGGACCAGAAGGGGUGUGAACCAGUAUAAACAGUAUUAUAGAACAUAAUCAAUGUGUGUAUAUUUGGAGAAAAUAGGUACCUUUUGAUCUGUAGAGCCAGUGUGUAGUCCUAGUUUUCACACACUUGCGUGUUUGACGAUGUGCAGAGAGUAUGGUUGUACUGCAUGUCAAAGUUAACCUGUGUUUUUAAGGUGGACAUUUAACAGAUCUUCAGGCUUUUUAUUGAAUGGAAGCAUUUACUUUUGUUUUAUGGGUUUUUUUUCUUUUUUUCAAAAGGUUUUGGUUCAUGAACCUGGUCUGAAAAAUACAUACCUUCUACAGAUCACCAGGCUGUGUUUGUAUGUGAUUUCUUUCCGUUUGCUGAUGAACUAAAACAAAUCAUUAUGACUAUUGUGGCAUACUGGUAAUAGUUUGGAGUUUUGCUGGUUGCUUGUCUAAACCCUUGAGGCCAUGCUAUUAUUCCAUAUGAAAUGUACUGGGUAUUGAUUCUUUUAGAUAUGGUAUUAACAAGUCCUUUUUAUCAAACCAUAUUAUUUGCAAUAAAAAUCUUCAUGUUACAAUGUAAA